CUCUCACAUGUGGAGUAGGAGCAGCAGCUACUUCUCUCCCAAGGGCACCAAAAUAGGCCAAGGGUAUCGCCUGAUCUCCAUUGAAGAGACGCCUGAUGGGGUCAUAGGUCACCUUCAGGUUAAGAAGCAGAACAAAAUCUACGGUCCUGAUAUCCCCCUCUUGCAGCUCUAUGUCAAGCACGAGACAGGGGAUCGUUUGAGGGUACACAUAACCGACGCGGAGAAGCAGAGAUGGGAAGUACCGUACAAUCUGUUGCCGAGGGAGCAACCACCAGCUCUGAAGCAGACGAUUGGAAGGUCAAGGAAGAACCCUAUAACAGUUUCAGAGUACUCAGGUUCUGAGCUCAUUUUCAGCUACACUGCAGAUCCGUUCAGCUUCGCGGUGAAGAGGAAGUCGAAUGGACACAUUCUGUUCGAUUCGAGCUCGGAUGAAUCAGGGGCAUAUGGCCCAAUGGUGUUCAAGGACCAGUACCUUGAAAUUUCGACCAAAUUGCCCAAAGAUGCGUCAUUGUAUGGCUUGGGGGAGAACACUCAGCCACACGGGAUCAAACUUUACCCGAACGAUCCAUACACUCUGUACACCACUGAUAUUUCAGCCAUUAAUCUCAAUACUGAUCUGUAUGGAUCGCACCCGGUGUACAUGGAUCUUAGAAAUGUCGGUGGUGAGCCUUCUGCACACGCUGUUCUGUUGCUGAAUAGCAAUGGGAUGGAUGUGUUUUACCGGGGAACUUCUCUGACAUACAAGAUUAUCGGAGGUGUUUUCGAUUUUUACUUCUUUGCAGGUCCUUCUCCUCUGAAUGUUGUUGAUCAGUACACUUCCUUGAUUGGAAGGCCAGCUCCAAUGCCUUACUGGUCAUUUGGAUUCCACCAAUGCAGAUGGGGUUACCAUAACCUAUCCGUUAUAGAAGAUGUUGUUGAUAGUUACAAGAAGGCUCAAAUCCCACUUGAUGUGAUCUGGAAUGAUGAUGAUCACAUGGAUGGGAAAAAGGACUUCACAGUUAACCCUACCAACUACCCUCGUCCAAAGCUUUUAGCAUUCCUAGACAAAAUACACCGCAUUGGUAUGCAUUACAUUGUCAUUAUUGAUCCGGGAAUCGCUGUCAAUGCCAGUUAUGGUGUCUACCAGAGGGGCAUGGCUAAUGAUGUUUUUAUCAAGUAUGAUGGUGAACCCUUCAUGGCCCAAGUUUGGCCUGGGGCAGUAUAUUUUCCUGACUUUCUCAACCCCAAAACAGUUUCUUGGUGGGUUGAUGAGAUCCGCAGAUUCCAUGAACUACUUCCUGUUGAUGGCCUGUGGAUCGACAUGAAUGAAGUUUCAAACUUCUGUUCAGGAAAGUGCACAAUUCCCAAGGGCAAGCAGUGCCCCACUGGAACCGGACCUGGAUGGAUCUGUUGCCUAGAUUGCAAAAACAUUACGAAGACAAGAUGGGAUGAACCACCCUACAAGAUAAAUGCUUCAGGAAUACAAGCUCCCAUAGGCUACAAAACCAUAGCCACUAGUGCAGUCCACUACAAUGGUGUUUUGGAGUAUGAUGCUCACAGUAUUUAUGGUUUCUCCCAAUCAGUUGCAACGCAUAAGGGCCUUCAAGGGCUUCAGGGAAAGCGACCUUUUAUCCUGUCCCGGUCCACUUAUGUUGGUUCAGGCAAAUAUUCUGCUCAUUGGACUGGUGACAACAAGGGCACGUGGGAGGACUUAAGGUACUCCAUAUCUACAAUGCUCAAUUUUGGCAUUUUUGGGGUUCCAAUGGUUGGUUCAGAUAUAUGCGGCUUCUACCCAGCACCAACUGAAGAGCUCUGCAACCGGUGGAUUGAAGUCGGUGCUUUCUACCCAUUCUCAAGGGACCAUGCAAAUUACUACUCCCCAAGACAAGAGCUUUACCAAUGGGAAUCAGUUGCUGAGUCUGCUCGCAAUGCCUUGGGUAUGAGAUAUAAGCUCCUCCCUUACCUCUACACGUUGAACUAUGAGGCUCAUAUGAGUGGAGCCCCGAUAGCCAGGCCAUUGUUCUUCUCAUUUCCAAGCUACACCGCAUGUUAUGGCACCAGCACACAGUUCUUGCUAGGGAAGGGUCUUAUGAUCUCUCCGGUGCUGGAGCAGGGAAAAACACAAGUGAAUGCCCUCUUCCCACCUGGCACCUGGUACAGUUUCUCUGACCCAACAUCAUUCAUUACAUCAAAGAAUGGAGUCAAUGUCAACCUUGAUGCACCGCUGCAUGUGGUCAAUGUCCAUCUGUAUCAGAACAUCAUUCUCCCUAUGCAACGGGGAGGAUUGCUUUCCAAGGAAGCAAGAAUGACACCAUUCACGCUCAUGGUGACCUUCCCGGCCGGUGCCACUGAAGGAGAGGCUCAAGGAAACCUUUACCUUGAUGAUGAUGAGUUGCCAGAAAUGAAGCUUGGAAAUGGCUAUUCUACAUACGUUGAUUUCUAUGCAAGUUUGAAACAGGGAAGUGUGAAGAUUUGGUCACAAGUCCAAGAAGGAAAGUUUGCUUUGGACAAAGGCUGGAUUAUUGAGAAGAUAUCUGUAUUGGGAUUAGAAGGAAGUGCUGCACCAUCGUCACUUGAAGUUGAUGGUAUACCUUUGUUGGGCACAUCUAAUAUGGAGGUUCGUACAUCGGAACAGAAGUAUUCGCCAACGGGACAAGAAGAUUAUGAGCAAAAGGCAACAAUGGUGGAUGUUAAUGGCUUGAAAAUCCCUGUGGGUAAAAAUUUUGCAAUGACCUGGAAAAUGGGGGUUUCUCAUUGAGACACAUAGAUACGUUGUCUUGUGGGAUUUGGAAUCUUUAAUUAGGACAGUGUGACAUUUUCUUCUGUGCUUUUUUCAAGUUAUUAGCAUUGUUGAUGGAGGGGAGAUAAGCCAAGAAUUGCGCUCGUCCUUUUCCAUGUAAACAAAGCCCAGGUCUGUGAGCUUGUGUUGUAUGUCUGUGCUGAGUAGUGGUGAAUCUUGGAAGCUCUCGAAUUAAAAAUUUCACCCAUUAAAAUGAUUUUCUACCGCUGACUUAGUGUUCUCCAAUCCAUUUUAAGAAAUAUUGUAUUACAAACGGAGUCUUAUAAAAAUGAUUGGAGGUAGUAUUAUGGUAGUA